CGCUAACUGUCAGGGCUCGUGGCGAGCGGUCGGGUUUAAACCGCCAACGGUUCAGGCGCUGGAGCCCGGGUGCGGGCAGGGAGCUACUCGGCGGCCGAACUUCCCAGCCAGUCGCUCGGCUCUAACACAGGAUUUGUCAUUUCCGUGAGGGAAGUCGCGCCUUCGCCCCGCGAUCCGGUGGCCGGGGGCAGCGGCUGAAGGAAGGAAGCCCCGGGUCCGGCGGAAAGCCGCCAGCAGCCUCUUCUUCCGUGCCCGAUCCGCAGCCUUUUCAACUCACCCUGCCCCCCUCGGGGAGAGGGGGCUGCCGGUUGCCGCCAUGGGCUGCACCAUGAGCGCCGAGGACAAGGCGGCGAUGGCCAGGAGCAAGAUGAUCGACCGCAACCUGCGCGAAGACGGAGAGAAGUCAUCCCGGGAGGUCAAGCUGCUGCUGCUCGGUGCUGGAGAAUCUGGCAAAAGUACCAUUGUGAAACAAAUGAAAAUCAUUCAUGAAGAUGGGUACUCUGAAGAGGAGUGCAAGCAAUAUAAAGCAGUGGUUUACAGCAAUACAAUUCAGUCUAUUAUUGCUAUCAUCAGGGCUAUGGGACGGUUGAAAGUUGAUUUUGGCGACCCAUCAAGAGCUGAUGAUGCUCGCCAAUUGUUUAUCCUAGCAGGGACUACAGAGGAAGGGAUCAUGACAGCAGAAUUAGCAGGAGUUAUCAAACGGUUGUGGCAAGAUAGUGGUGUUCAGGCUUGUUUUGGUAGAUCAAGAGAAUAUCAACUGAAUGACUCUGCAUCGUAUUAUUUGAAUGAUGUGGAUAGAAUAUCCUUACAAAGCUACGUCCCAACUCAACAAGAUGUCUUGAGGACCAGAGUGAAAACCACGGGUAUAGUGGAGACACACUUUACCUUCAAAGAGCUAUAUUUUAAGAUGUUUGAUGUAGGAGGACAAAGAUCAGAACGGAAAAAGUGGAUUCACUGCUUUGAAGGUGUAACUGCAAUAAUAUUCUGUGUGGCACUGAGUGAUUACGAUCUUGUACUUGCUGAAGAUGAGGAAAUGAACCGAAUGCAUGAGAGCAUGAAACUUUUUGAUAGCAUCUGCAACAACAAAUGGUUUACAGAUACGUCUAUUAUUCUGUUCCUGAACAAAAAAGAUCUAUUUGAAGAGAAGAUUAAGAGAAGUCCUCUAACAAUAUGUUAUCCAGAAUAUGCAGGAUCCAAUACUUAUGAGGAAGCUGCAGCAUAUAUUCAGUGCCACUUUGAAGAUCUGAACAGACGGAAAGAAACCAAGGAGAUCUAUACCCAUUUCACAUGUGCCACAGAUACGAAAAAUGUGCAGUUUGUAUUUGAUGCAGUGACAGAUGUCAUCAUCAAAAAUAAUUUGAAGGAAUGUGGAUUGUACUGAAACAUAUUGACAGCAUGCCCAGGUUUUUGUUAAUGUUGAAGAAAGCCUGCAAGAGGAUCAUCUUAUUCCCUGGUUAUGCUACCUGCCAAAUGGAAAGAAACCCUGAAGAGAUGUGACUGAUGUCAUGAGUCAAAACUGCAUGCAAGAUGGUUGUUUGAUAUAAAUUGUUUUAAGGACUUUUACAAUCGCCUUUUGGUCUGAAACAAAUAAGUACAUGUCUGAAUUGAUUGCCCCCCCCCCCCCACUGUGUUCAAGAAAGAUAUGUUCAUAGUUGUUUUUCUUUUGAACAUCUUUUAAUAUUUCAGUUGAUUAACCAAGUGCUGAUGAAAUAUUUGACUAUUGGAUUUCUCUGGGUGCCAUUUCAUUAAGUGUUCUGAUGUUCAUUUGUUGCCAGAUAUCUAUUUUAUGUAUUUUAUACCUUGAAUUGUUGGAACUUGUUUUGCUACAAAUAGUCAUUUGCUUAUUCUCAAGACCUUUAACCAUAUGUGAAAUUCAAGCUCUUUGUAUUUCUUGGUAGAACUGAUGAAUCUGCCCAGAAAAAGAGAACAGUUCUACAGAGCACACUUUGUCUGCCAAUGUUAAUGUAAAAUAUUUGUCCAUUUGUAAAUCAGUGUUAAGGUCAACAAAAUAUAGUGAUGUGAUCCAGUAUUUGUUUGGAAUUAAGCAAUGCCACUGAGAAUUUAAGUGUUAUCCAUUGUUCAAUUUGCCAAAUAUGACAUAUUUCAGGGCUAAGAUCGGGCCAAACUUUCUAAAUGAAUUGACCAAUUUGAUUAAGUAAAUGCCCACUAUGCUGCUCUACCUUACUGCUUUUGGUUGAGAUUUUUGUGAAUGCAGGGACUGCAAUAUGGAAUUUGAUUUUGAAAUCAUCAAUUCCUCCUGUUGUUCCAGAAUUUUAAUAGAAACAGCCAGCUCAUAAAGAACUUGGAAGAUUUUAGUUGUGAUUUGUGAAGUGGCAUGAUACUUCUAUCACUUGAUUAUUUUUAUAAUGCUGCACUGCCGUGUAAACCACAACAUGAAAUAAAAUCGUAGAAAGUAAAGCACUUUAGUGAAUUGU